CUCUGCCGCCGCCGCCGCAGCAACAGCCCAGACCUAGACCGCCGUUCAGUGACUUGUAUCGCGAGAUGUAGGAGCAUCCGAUCCUGGCUUUGCUUUGCUAUUUGCCGCUGGUGUGUGUGAGUGAGUGGGGACUGAGCGGGGAUUUGCUUUGCCACUUGCCGCUGCACUGAGAGCGGCUGAACGGGGUCUGACUCGGAGCAGGUGACUCGGAGCUGCUGACUCCCUCCCUCUCUCUCUGUCCCGCCCGCCCGCCUACCUGAGAGGAAAGAUAAACAGCAGCCGGAGGGGGAAGAAGGUCACAGCGAGCGAAGCAGGAGGUGUGCGUGAGGAGCGGGGACACAGUGAGGUGACAAGUCGGUGGAGGAAGCAGCGGCGGCUCCACUCGCUCACUCACUCGCUCACUCACUCACUCAGUAUCCGUGACUGAGCUCCAGAAGAGCGCGAUUGCCUCGGUGCAGGGACAAGCAGGGCUCGGGAGGAAGGCGGACAGUGAAGGAGAGGUUGUGUGCGUUUGGAGCCAGCGUUGCCCCGGCCAGGUGGUGUGCACCGUGCGGGGAUCUGCGAGCAGCUUGAACAGCGGAGACAGCAACAGCCACCGCCGUCGACAUGGCUUCGACCACAACCUGCACCAGGUUCACGGAUGAAUACCAGCUCUUCGAGGAACUUGGAAAGGGCGCGUUCUCGGUGGUGAGGCGAUGCAUGAAAAUCUCGACGGGACAGGAAUAUGCUGCCAAAAUCAUUAAUACCAAAAAGCUGUCUGCAAGGGAUCACCAGAAGUUGGAGAGAGAGGCUCGGAUUUGCCGGCUGUUAAAACAUCCCAAUAUUGUCCGGCUCCAUGACAGCAUAUCUGAAGAAGGGUACCAUUAUCUAGUGUUUGAUCUAGUGACUGGGGGAGAAUUAUUUGAAGAUAUUGUGGCCAGAGAAUAUUACAGUGAAGCAGAUGCCAGUCAUUGCAUUCAGCAGAUCCUGGAAGCUGUGCUACACUGCCAUCAGAUGGGUGUGGUCCAUCGAGACCUGAAGCCAGAGAAUUUGCUCUUAGCUAGCAAAAUGAAGGGGGCAGCUGUGAAGCUGGCAGAUUUUGGAUUAGCAAUUGAAGUCCAAGGAGAACAGCAGGCAUGGUUUGGAUUUGCUGGUACACCAGGAUACCUUUCUCCUGAGGUUUUAAGAAAAGAUCCAUAUGGAAAGCCAGUUGACAUGUGGGCUUGUGGUGUUAUUCUGUACAUACUGCUAGUUGGGUACCCUCCUUUCUGGGAUGAAGAUCAGCACAGACUGUACCAACAGAUCAAAGCUGGUGCUUAUGAUUUCCCUUCACCAGAGUGGGAUACGGUCACUCCAGAAGCUAAAGAUCUUAUCAAUAAAAUGUUAACCAUCAACCCUGCCAAACGGAUCACUGGCUCAGAAGCCCUGAAACAUCCAUGGAUAUGUCAACGAUCAACUGUAGCAUCUUGCAUGCACAGACAGGAGACUGUGGAAUGCCUAAAGAAAUUCAACGCUAGAAGAAAACUGAAGGGUGCGAUUCUCACAACAAUGUUGGCCACAAGAAACUUCUCAGCAGCAAAGAGUCUGAUGAACAAGAAGACAGAUGGAGUUAAGAAAAGGAAGUCCAGUUCGAGUGUUCAGAUGAUGAUAAACAACAAAGCCAACGUAGUAACCAGCCCAAAAGAGCCCAUACCUACCCCAGCACUGGAGCCCCAAACUACUGUAAUCCACAAUCCUGCUGAUGGAAAUAAGGAAUCCUCCGAAAGUACCAACACUACCAUUGAAGAUGAAGAUGUGAAAGCUCGCAAGCAAGAAAUUAUUAAAGUUACAGAGCAGCUGAUUGAAGCCAUUAACAAUGGAGAUUUUGAAGGCUACACGAAAAUUUGUGAUCCGGGACUCACAGCAUUUGAGCCUGAAGCACUUGGUAACUUGGUUGAAGGAAUGGACUUUCAUAGAUUCUACUUUGAAAAUGCAUUGUCUAAGAAUCAGAAGCCCAUUCACACCAUCAUAUUGAACCCCCACGUGCACCUGAUUGGCGAUGAUGCAGCCUGCAUAGCGUAUAUCCGCCUCACUCAGUACAUUGAUGGCAGCAGCAUGCCGAAAACCAUGCAGACUGAGGAAACCAGAGUAUGGCAUCGCCGGGAUGGGAAGUGGCAAAAUGUCCAUUUCCAUCGCUCAGGGUCCCCAACUAUACCUAUCAACUAAGAGAAAUGGUGCCACGGCUGGAUUCUCAGCAUUGAUUCUGGACUGGAAGAUUACAAUCAUACUAUCAGCACUUCUAGUCUAUUUUAACGCAUGUUUCUGAAUGCAUGAUGCUCUAGUGACAUGUCCUUUUCUGUUAAUUCUGUAAAUUUUUGUUUGCACUUCAUAGGAAGAAAUGUUACAAACAGAAUGAAACCAAAGGAAGGAAAAAUGUUGAGAGUACUUUUUAACCCUAUAUUUAUGCCAGGUUUCCUAACUUGAUAUAAUUGUAAACGUCUAAAUGAAAACUUAUUUUUUUCUGGAUUUCAAGUAUUUUAAAAACUACUGUACCCCUUAAUCGUUAUAAAAACAGUGUAAGUGGCACAUAGUCUUAUUCUCUUACUGUAGAAAUACUUUUAUAAUAAAUAUAGAAGGGGAUGUCCUUAAGGUGGCAGGGCACGUAUAUACUUCCAAAAUUUGUUUUUCCAAGCUGGAGUCAUCAGCCUGAAGGAACACCGACUGAAGUUGCUGAACAGCCAUUUUAUUCAUAGUUUUUUACCAGCUGAAAGAUAUGGAAGAUUAUCUUACAAAAAAUUAAAUUUUAAUGUGCUGGUUCUAUAACUAACCUUUUAUUUGUUGUAUUUCAUCACUGUCAGUAUUUAGGAUCAUUUUCAAGUUGACACUUAAUUUUUAAUCACUUUGGGUGCAAUACAUUUCAGACAAUCAAGCUUGCUUUACUAUGGUGAUGUGCAGGUCGUGAUUUGAGUCAAAUGCUUAUUGCUUAGAUGGAAAUAGCAUUAGAAUUUUGUGAACUAUGUUAAUCUGCUAUUGGUAGUUACAUAGUAUCAGAUUUAAUAAUAAAAACGCAGGUCCAUUGAAUUUAAUCAUCAAAUAUAGUGGACCUCUGUGAUUAACAUGCAUCAUUAGUGGACCUCUGUGAUUAACAUGCAUCAUUUAUAUAAGAAUCUUCUCGCCUCGGCAGCUGAUCAACAAACAGAUCAAUUUUUUAUUCAUUUUCUCCUAAGGACAGGAAUUGUUCUUUUGAGGUCAUCUGUGAUUAUUGAUAGUUCGUGAAAUGGAAUUUUGCUUCUGCUUCCGUAUUCUUGUAAGAUGUUCUUGUAAGGAUUCCAUUUACCAAAUAUAUAUUGCCUUUUAGGAAGGGCACUUCCUCCUCAUUUCGUUGCUGCUUCUAUAUUUAGAGGAUUAUACAAUAAUGCAUGUUAUCUCAAUUGGUGUUUUCUGUGAUUUUUGACAGACAUGAUUCGCAUUUAGUGAUUAAUUCCAGGCAGAAUUAACUUAUUUGUAUUAUUUCCUGUGUGUGUUCAUUCAUCAUCCCAAAAACUGAUAUGCUUAGCUGCUGUUGCUGGUAAAAUAGAUGGCAAUAAAGUGUACCAAUUACCCAUGGAUUCAGAAGUUGUGUUUAAAUGAGCAUGUAUGUUUAUGCGCCAUAUUAAUCUGCCAAUAAAUUCUAUGGAAAAAUAGGGAAAACCUUUAUUUUCUUGGUGACUGGCUGUAAUAACAUUGCAGUAUAAAAAUCUAUAUGUAUUAUCUUGACAUUUUAAAACCACAUCAAGAGCAAGUCUGUCUUCCACACCAGUUCUGAUGAGCGGUGAUUGUUAUUUUCCACCACAAUUGAAAUAAUACUUGGGUUCUAUCACUCUGAAAAGCUGCUGUUUAUCAUGGGACACAGUGUACAGGAUUCUUGCCAUAAUGGUAAAUGAUUGAUCUGUUAAAAUAAAAUAAAUUUGUGAUUAUUUCUCCUGA